AUGCAACGUCUUAUGGUGACUUUUGAGAUGGAAAAGGAAAGACGUAAGGCCCUAGAGGAGAAACGCAAGACCGUUGAGCUCCAAUUAAGAUUAGAAGAAGUCCGCGAACGCAGGGCAGCUGCAGGCCAAAUCCCAUCUGCCGGCCAUACGCCUACUACCCCUACGGGCCGAACGCCCACUCGUGUCGGCAAGGCAAUCGCCCAAUUCAAAGAAGAUGUAAAAUCAAUGACCAAGCCGAAUGCUCUGACCGGCACGUCAAAUUUCCUCACAUGGAACACGUCAAUGAAGACCAAGCUGGUUGACGCGCAGUGCUGGGGUAUAAUAGAAAAGCAGCAGGUUCAGAACCCCCUGCAGGACCCCGAAUGGGCUCCCUUUUGGGACGCCCGAAACCGUUGGACCUACGCGUUCAUUUCGAACUCUUUGGGUGCGAACGUCAGGCCACGUUUCAUAAAAAAUGAUGAGAAUAGGAUUGCUUACACCCUCUGGCGGGCAAUUGAGGAGGAAUACUCUAUCCCCAAGACCCAGCUCCGCCGAGAGGCAGUCCUAGAAUUCACAUCGCUUGGUGGCACUCAGGUCACUAACGUGCACAGUUCCCCUGAUAAGUUCCGUGCCGCGAUCAUGAAGUUGGAAAUGAUGGAUGCUCACCCGCCUGACGCGUGGGUAUUUGACAUAUUCUAUUCCGCCCUUCCGAACGUUUGGAGGGGUUAUGUACAGAAGAAGAUUGAGAAGGCCCAAGAGUCCAAAUCGAUCCCGGUUGUAUUGGACGUUCACCUUCUCAUGGAGGAGAUCCGAUCUCGAUUGGACCCUCCAAAAGAUAAAAAGCCCGCACAAUCGGUGGAUACAGCUGCCAACGCUGCCCAAUCGGGGGCCACAGCAGCUGCCGAUUCCGCGAACAAUAAUAGCGCGAAUACAUCUAACUCGGCCCGUGGAGGUCGUUCCGGACGCGGUCGUGGCGGCUCCCGCGGCAGUGGCCGUGGUGGAGCUGGCAAUCCGCCGACCUGCUCCGAGUGCAAUAGAUCCCACUUCGGCACUGUCUUUAAAGGAGUUCAAGAGAAGAAGGAGAAGGCGAAGAAGGAUAAGGACAAUAGUGGGGGCAAGACCCAGUUAGUGAUUACGGACGGGUCAGAGUCCUUUCAGAUGGCGAACGUUGCAAAGGUUAUAAACGUGCCGGCCUGCUUUGUGGAACCCCACAAGGAUCCCCUAACCAUAUGGGAUAGCGGCGCUGGCUGCCAUAUCGCGAGCGAUAGAUCACGAUUUUCGACGCUUUUUACGAUCGACGGUCCUACGGUCCAGGUGGCCAACAAGGCCGUUCUGAAGGUCCAAGGCGUCGGCAUGGCAUCCAUCCCAGUCGGCGAGAGGUUGAUUGAAUUCAAUCACGUAUACUACGUGCCAGGACUGUCAGCUAACCUCAUCUCCGCUGGGCUUAUGGAACGCCAGGGCUAUAUUCGCCGUGAUAUGCACGUUGACGCUGGAAAUUAUUUUGAGUUCCUGUCCCCUACUGGCAAUGACGUGUUCUAUGCCAACCUUUCCCGCAAUAAUAUUUACAUCCUAUCCGACAGUCCUCCGACGUUUGACGGCGUUAUGAAUGACCAAGAAUAUGGGGCGGUCGCGUACGUGGCUGUUCCGAAACCAAAGACAAUUUCAACGGAUUAUGAUCCGAACGCAGGGUCCCUAGGGCCGUUCAACCGUGAGGAGGUUGAGCAAUUGAUUAACCCCAAGGAUCCGGAUACGGAUUCCUUCGUCAUAUCCCCACCUAACCGACUCCCUGCCGUGGUCCCGAAGCAACUGCCGUUUGAUGAAUGGCACCGUAGAUUGGGCCAUAUCGGCGAAAAUAAUAUAUUGAAGAUGGCCAGGGACCCUCGCUUCGGAAUUGCCAUUAUCGGCCCGAAGAAGUUGUCAUUCUGCGCCACGUGCGUCAAAGCCAAGCAGAGGCGCGCUACGUAUAAGAAUUCCGCACCACGCCGUGCCACUCGCAAAGCUCUUAAGAUUUGGGUGGAUAUUUUCGGCGGAGGUGAGACUCUUGGAACCGAAAAUGACAUAUCCUCCUACGCCGGCAAGAAGCUCGCCAUGAUCAUUACGGAUGACGCCACACGUAUGAGGUGGGUGUUCCUUCUGGAACGCAAGGAUGAAACGUUGAAAUAUCUGCGGAUCUUCAACCAAUUCAUCAAGAAUCUGCUGGGCCGCGGCAUCGCGAUUAUACACUCCGAUCGUGGCGAAUUGAAUUCGAACGCGGCUACGGCUUAUAUGCUCAGUGAGGGAAUCAAAUGGGAACCGACCCCCCCUCAUACCCCGUAA